AUGCGACACACGGUUCUUUUAAUUUCGCUAGUGGCAGCAGUGGUGGCUGAGGCACCGUACCACUUACCCCGACCACCGCCGCAAGCACCUGUGAUUGGAUACGCGCCACCUUCACAUUAUCCUCAACCACCGCCACAACAUCAUAGUCAUCAUUCAUCAAUUGGUUAUAAUUACCAAAGGCCACCAGUACAGCAGCCACAGCCACCACCGAACUAUCGGCCUCAGCAAGUGCCCCGACCUUUACCAGUGUAUCAACCUCAGCCACAGCCUAGCCCAUCUUAUGGGGUCCCCCAACCGAUACGCCCUCUCCCAAUAAUUGUUUCUCAACCACAGCCUAUUCCUCAACCACAACCCAUAUACCAACCACAGCCUAUUCCCCAACCACAACCUAUCUACCAGCCGCAACCACAACCCAUUUACCAGCCGCAACCACAGCCAAUUCCCCAACCACAACCUAUCUACCAGCCGCAACCACAGCCAAUUCCCCAACCACAACCCAUUUACCAUCCACAACCACAGCCAAUUCCCCAACCACAGCCAAUUCCCCAACCACAACCCAUUUACCAGCCCCAACCACAGCCUAUUCCCCAACCACAACCCAUUUACCAGCCGCAACCUCAGCCCAGCCCCUCAUACGGUGUCCCUCAACCUAUCCGCCCUCUUCCUGCUAUAAUUGCUCCUCAACCUGAACCUCAACCUCAACCACAGCCCGCACCCAUCCAAUAUUACCAACAGCAAGAAACCCAGGGGUAUUCAUACCAGCAAUCCUCUCAGAGUCAGCCUUUGUCGAGCGGUCAACAAAAUGGCAAUUCUGGUCUAUCAAGCUAUCAGGCUGAUUUUGCCCAGUACAAUAGUCCACAGCAACAACAAACACACAGUGAAGCUCUCGAUGAAACAGUCGUGUCACGAGUACAGAACAUCAUAAAAGACGCUGAACAUUCGUCCGCCAGAGAUGCUGGGUACCUGUCACUAGUUUCAGGAGUUUCGUUGGAAAACGCGAAGCCUAGUAUCGAAGUUUUAUCAUUCGUACACAACUCACCGUUGUCGACAGGAUCCAGCCAGAGUUACAGCACAGAGGUUCAAUCCAGCGGAGCUAGUGAAUCGGAUAGUAUUGGAUUUUUACCUCAAUCUAAGCCCGCUACAUCUUAUGGUGUGCCAAACUAA